GCACGGCAGUGCAACAGACGCAGCCUUUCUUAUUGUUUUCGGCUCUUUGCUCUUGGUGCACCAUAUCAUUCACUUCCGUUUCAAAGUUCUUCCUGUGUGUUGCGUGCGCAGUGUUAUGUGAACAAAUUCAGUAAUUUUAUUGUUUUCCGAGAAAAUUAAAUCAAUUCGGCUCUCGCACGACUUGGUACUUCCUAAGGAAGAUCUUCUCCCAAAUAGUCACUUGGGAAUAAGUGCCCACUGCGCACGCGCUAAGGAAAAUUAGGUAUUCGAACAAGGAGCACAUACAGGUACAAUGUAAGAAAAAGUGUGCAUAAAUGCGUAUAAAAUCUUUAAAUUCGGAUUCAAGUCAGUGUCUCUGUGAAAUUAUUGACACGGGUUGAGAUCGUACCCCGUCAUCCCCAAUCUGAAACCUCAGUCGUAGCUUUAUUCAUCACACGUGUGUCUGUCAAGCAGACUCAACGAUUGUGCUGUGCGGACUUUUUAUGCGUAGGCACUUAUUAAAGAAGUUUUUGGGGCGUUAAAUUCUAUACUGAUGGCGUGCAUAUCUGUGAGCAAUAAUCUCAUCGCUGUAACUUCGAAGUACAGCUCAAUAUUUUUGAGACUAUCAGAUCAGAAAUUCAAUCUUGUCGAAGCAGGACCUAAUCGUCCCAGUCGAUUCUCCGGAUACAACAGAGAGCUUGACGUUGCAUCCUCUGCAAUUUCGCCGUGUGGUAAAUGGUUUGCAUACUCUAUAAACAACAAACGGUUGAGCGUUUGGGACAUCGAUAACUGGCAGCUUGUGGUGUCGAAGAAGAUUCCGCGUGGAGGAAGCAAAAUCUGUUUCACAGCUGACAGCGAGAGCGUAAUCGUGGCGGACAAAUCGGGCGAAGUGCUUUCGUUCAAUCUUGAUAGUUCAAAGGAGGAAGGAACUUUCCUCCUAGGACACGUCUCAAUUUUAUUGGAUAUGAUCCUAACUCCAGACAACUUCAUCGUUACGUGCGACAGAGACGAAAAAAUCCGGGUUUCUCACUACCCAAACAGUUACAAUAUCCAGACUUACUGCCUAGGUCACGAAGAGUUUGUAACCAGCAUCAACCUAUUCAGUGCUAGUGCUAAAAUAAUUCUCUCUAGUUCCGGUGAUGGGACAAUCAGGUUCUGGAAUUAUCUGACUGGCGCAGAGCUGAGCGUUUACAAUUGCUCUGAUGAUGUCCAACCUGACACUGAAAAACCUAUUCCUGUCACCAAAGUGCAACUGACACAGUUCGACUCAACAUUACAAAUUGCAUGUGUGUCUUUGCACAAACACAAUGAAGUGCUAGUCUACCAUAUUGCCAACAGCUUAAAUGUAAUUCUGAGUCAGCGUAUUCCUUUGCUGAAACCACCUCUAUACAUUCUCCUGACUGGAGAAAAAGACUUAUGGGUUUUAGAGAAUCAAGGGGUCCAGGUCUAUUCACUAGACAGAGGUAGGAAAUCUUUUAUUGCAUCAUCAAGUAAUAAAUUUAAAACUGCAUUAGAGAUUUUAAACAAACAUAUCGCUGCAUUUAGUCCAUCAAUUGAAGAGAGUGAUGAUAUCAGUGUACUGUACAAAAGAACAUAUGACGAAGUACAAGAUUAUCUCGAAAGGAAAAUAACAAGAAUAUCCGAAGGAUCUACUAAUUCAGACGAUGAUGGGUCUUCCUAGCAGGAUGAUCAACCUGUUGAACACUCCCCUCAAUGGUUCUGUGGGUAUCUCGGGUGAUUUUUUAUGCUAUGUGCAUCUCAGAAUCAAGCAAUAUUAAAAAGAGACUCACAGUGCAAGAACAUGGUGAUUGUAAAAAUCUAAGAGCACUUAUUGAUAAGAGCAUCAUUGCAGAUUUCAUUUUGCAUUUUCAUUUUUAGAAAACAAAUAAAUAAAUAUAAUUUCUUGGAA